UGAUACGUGAUAUCUAUUUGCAUGCACACCUUCGCGAGAAUUCUCAAUCUCUCGGUAUUGUGGGCGUCAUGUGGUUACUCAAUAAUAAAAGAAGAGCACAUUCAUCAUUGCGAGAACGACACGCAUACAAUGCACGCGAAUAUGUACAAAUAUACACAGAUAUGCCGUGACAUAUAUGUCGCAUAUAUGUAGUCGACAAGUUCGCGCACGACGAACCGAGUGCCCCCGUAAAUGGUUUAUUAGAAAGGAUUUCCACGAGAUAAACGCAGACAAAAUGGUUGUCGGAGAAGCAAGUAUACAUAAUAUAAUGGGGGGAAUGGAAAGCACGGGUGGCGUGCGUCUUCAUAAUCAUAAACGGAAACUGAAGCAAAGAUUCGACAUCAUAAAGAAGUUAGGACAGGGCACAUAUGGUAAGGUGCAAUUAGGAAUAAAUAAAGAGACUGGUCAGGAAGUGGCAAUAAAGACAAUUAAAAAGUGCAAAAUAGAAACGGAAGCUGAUUUGAUCAGAAUACGAAGGGAGAUACAAAUCAUGUCGAGCGUUCAACAUCCAAACAUUAUUCACAUUUACGAAGUGUUUGAAAACAGAGAAAAGAUGGUACUGGUGAUGGAGUAUGCGGCCGGAGGAGAAUUAUAUGACUAUUUGAGCGAGCGCAAGGUCCUAAGCGAGCACGAGGCUCGUAGAAUAUUUCGACAGAUAGCCACCGCCGUUUUCUAUUGCCACAAACACAAAAUCUGUCACAGAGACCUAAAGCUGGAGAACAUUUUGUUAGACCAAGUUGGAAACGCCAAGAUAGCCGACUUUGGUCUCUCGAAUGUGUUCGACGAGCAACGGUUAUUAAACACGUUUUGCGGUAGUCCAUUGUACGCGAGUCCAGAGAUAGUGAAAGGAACUCCUUAUCACGGACCAGAAGUGGAUUGCUGGAGUUUAGGUGUUCUACUAUAUACAUUGGUUUAUGGUGCUAUGCCCUUCGACGGGUCUAACUUCAAACGACUAGUCAAACAGAUCUCACAAUCCGAUUAUUUUGAACCCAAGAAGCCAUCCCCCGCUUCGCCACUUAUAAAAGAAAUGCUCACGGUGUGUCCCGGCAGACGUGCCGAUAUCGAAAAAAUUUGUACUCACUGGUGGGUGAACGAAGGCUAUGAGCAAAAUUGUCUCGAUAUCGCCGAGGAUCUAGCAGCUCAGACUCCGGUUCGGCUGGAUCUAUUGCUCUCUCUGGUACCACAGUCGGCCAGCGCCGACAAGUUGCUAGUGGGCGAUCAGCAGGCAGGUGGAGAUGUCGCGAAUAAUAUGUCUUCCGAUACUCUGGUGCCUACUAGAUGUCAUUCAGUUGGUAGCUUAAUGGAACUUGAUCAGAAUAGUUCCGACAGGAGAAUAAGAGAGUUGCUCGAGGAGGAGCCGAAAUGUUUCGCGACUGGAGACGCUAAGAGAAAAUUGGAGACAACACCGUCGAUGGACGAGACGACCGCGGCAGGCGUGAAAAGGAAAGAGAGAUCCCGAAGGAAAGAAAAGUCGGACGAGAGAGAGCCUAGGGCAUAUAGAUCUUCGUCAAGGCAUCAUUCGGCUCCAAUUCCAAAUUCUAUAUCGGAGGAAGCGAUGGAAGUGGAACCGGCAGCCAUUGUAACUGUUCCUAUAAGUAAGACUGUUGAUUUUGAUAAGAUAGAAGGUGCAGCAGCUUGUUUAGAAUUGAUUGAAGAAUCAAAGGAGAGAACACCGAGUAAAGAGAGGGACAAGAGUCUAUUGAUAAGUGAAUAUGAACAAUCACGCGUGCCGAUGUCUACCGAGAACGUUCAGCAGAUCUGUGAGAUUAAUCGAAAGGCUAACGAUGAAGACGAGUCACAGCAAAAGUAUAUCAAGUCUCCUAGCGAUAGUUUACAUGAGAAUAUGACUGAGAAAAUUGCUUCAGAAAGCACGAAGAAAACAACGAAUGAGAUAGUGUCCAGCAGAAAGUCGGGUGAUGUAGAUUCAAAGGUGCCAAAUAAAAGCGAUACGAAUGUUAAAAACGAAGCGUAUCUAUUGCAAAAUGUGCAACAACUAGAACCAACGGAGAGUGAUUUUAAAAAGCUGAAGGAAAAGGCACUCUCUUUAGAUUCCGAAUUAUCGAAUGAGGUGGCAAGCGUGCCACCAGCCAAAUCCGUUGAGAGACGGCGCUCUAAGAUAUUUGAAACAGCUGAAAAGUUCAAUCAAUUAUCAUCUACCGUAGAAAACGAGAAACCUAAAAAGAUAUUUAUUCCUGGCGUCAAUGUGGGAGGCGCGAAACGAGCCUUUGAACGAAAGGCCAGUCUCUCUUCCAUAACUACACCAUCCCCUACGAAAUCCAGCGCCUCCAAAGUUAUUAUCGAUGUGUCAACCAAUAAGAAAAAUGAGAAGGAUGAGCAGAAGCAGACACUUGGAGAUCGGGAAAUCGAAACUACCGAACAUAAAUCGGAUAAGCGAGACGAAGCAAAAAAACGUGCUGUCGAUAUUAUUAGUGGUGCGAUCGGCAAGCCUCCGAUGCAAAAGAAGCUGAAUGGCUCGCCACCGAUAUCGCCUCAAAGCCCGGAUUCUAAGAAAUUUGGACUGAAGAUACAGGUUGCACCGAAUGACGUGCGAUCGGCCACGAUAUCAGUUUCUACACCGAUUGAGACAAAAUUCGAUCUUGAUGCUAAAUCGAUCGCAUCGGAAGCAACUACGACUAGUACAUCUGAUGUCGAAAAUUCACAAUUGGAGGAACCGAAAAUGUCUAGUAAAAUGGAAAUAACGUUAAAGAGUGCAACAUUGCCUAGACGAAAAACGAGCAAAGCUGAAAUUACGUUGUCCGGUGUCAGACCGUCGGAAACUGUAGCGUUCAAGUCUGAGGUAGAAGCUAAGAUCGAUGCUUUUCAACCACAGAAACUGCGUACACAAAGAUCGGAAGUGGCAUUUCCGGUUGCUGCGGCAGCACCCUAUAAUACAAAUAGGAGUUCGAGCUUAGAACCGGAAGGCAGACCUAAGGCUACACCGAGAGAAAGAAUUAUACCCAUCCAGAUAGAAGCAGGACUUGAACGUACACAGCAUUCAUCCACUUCACCGCCUAAACCACUAAUGUCCCAGAGAUCGACGUCUCAGCGAUCAGGUUCUCUAUCUCGCCAAUCGACUGCCGAUUCAGAUACGGACAGCGCUCUCGGAUCAACUGUAGGACCGGAACCGAUCAGAAAGAGUCCUAGAGAGUACAUAAUUCCUAUUGCUGUAGAGGGUGGUGGUUACGUUACUCCUAGAUCGGGUAGUCUGGAACCGGAGAGUAAGACUAGUACGCCAAUAAGUACGAACCCACCGAGAUCCCGAUUCGGUAGACCAAGGAGAAUGAGCUCUCUUUUAUCAGAUGCUAGUGAAGAUGAAUCUCCCUUCUCUCCAUUGCAUGGGGAGGAUUUGUUGCAAAGACAUAUGCAUCGAUUGAGGAGUUCGCGACCGUCUAGGCAGUCAUCCGAGCACAUUGACAGCUUAUCAUCUGGCGAGGACGAUGAUGAUGAUGGCUUCGAGUUAUUGACUGCCGAAAAUUUGUUCUCUACGUUAUUAUCCAGAGUGCGAAGUUUGACGCAGCGACUCAACGUUGAUGAUAAUCGAACCGGUGGUUUUCCAAGUAGUAGAUUGUUUGGCAGACUCGGCUCCCAAUCAUCGCAAGCAUUUUGGGGUCUUAACAAGCCAUUAUCCAGCUACAAGAGCUAUGUCGAAACACGGACCAUGACUACACGGCUCUCAGAAUCGCAAUUUAAACAUUCUCUGAAUCGCGAUACGGAUAUAUUUUCAAAGAGAGACUCUGCAAGUACUUCCAACUCUGGAAUUCCAAACAGCCCUGGAUCGCGUGGCACACCUUCCAGAGAGAGUGUUUUUGAAAUCGGGAACAAUACGUUGCCAAGAGAUAAAGUAGAAGAGAUACGCGAAGAAGACGUAGAAGCGGAAACAACGGCGCAAAUCGGAAAGGAGGCGCAAGAAUCUCUGGAACAGAAUUUCACUCCCAGCUUGGCACGCAGACUGAGUAGGCAAUUUAUCGAGCAAACCCGACAAUCUAUUCCGCGCUCACCAUCCUCGUCACGCGAUAGCAACAGAUAUCAAUCGCCAACGAGAGAUUUGCCGCAACCUCUGGCAGGUCCGAGCGAGGUGGUGAAACGAUGCUCCACAUCUGCAAUUUCCGAUCAGACCGAGUACAAAAUCAGAUCGUUCGAUCGAGAUAUCAGAAGAACCAACAGCUUGCUAGAGCCGCACAAGUACGAUAGAUUGGUGCGGCAUUCACCUCGAAGAAGUAUCAGCUUGUUUGACGAUGAUGACGACAACAAUGAUGACAAACUAUUGCCGCCUCUCCCGAAACAUAUAAUGACGCUCGGUCGCAAGUACAAAGAAUCGGCUAAAUCGAGCGUGAUUGGUAACGCGAGACGAGAUAACUUUUACGGUUGUAGAGCGGAUAAGAUUCAGGAAGAGCCCAGUGACGACAUAUAUCUAUCCGUCUGCAAAGAGAACGUCGAUAAUGUCACCAUAUCGGAGAACAGCUCCGUAUCAGAAGGUACAUCGAUAUCUGUGUGCAACUCAAACGCUAAUCUAAUGGACACCAACACCAUCACCAACACCAUCACUACCACUAACACUACCAACACCACCACCACCACCAUCAACACCACCAACACCAUCACCAACAGCAUCGUCGCUAGCUCGAGCGAGUUUGCCAGAUCCUGCGAAAUUUCACCCACGGAAUCUUCAUCGACUUUAGGUGAUUGCGGUAAAUCAAUUUGCAAGUCCGACAUCUCCAGGAGUUUCGAGAAUCGACUGCUAGCGGCGGAGAACCUAAUCAAAGAGUCUAAAUUGAAAAACUUGACGUCGGAGCAAUUUAAUCCGAAUCUCAGCUGCAAUUACAGGGACACGGACAAGUGCGACAAGGAAACGUUAAUGACCACUUCGGACCCAUUGUCCUCGGCCAGCUCGGUCGUCACGUCCUCCAAGAGACGCAGUUGCAUUCCGAGUCUCAGAUUACGUUCGGGUUCGUUAACCAGAGAGUUAAGCGCGGAUCGUAGAAAAUCAUUCGCCGGCAGUUCACCCGACGCUUUUACCGGGAAUCAGGAGAGAUCGAUACUGAGUAAACUCUUCAGAAGUACCGGUAACAGUGGCACCAGUAACGAGACCGAAUCAAAGGACGGCAACAGAAAUCAAAAAUCGAAACAGCAUCGUAUCUCGCGCUUUCUGCGACCGGAUUUCUUUGACACGCCGCGAGAAGAGAGCCAGUACGUGAAGGAGAAGGAGGCGCGAAAGGCGGCAGAGAACGAGCGCCGAAAGUCUCGAUUUAUAAGGCGAAAAACCGAAAGCAAGGAGCGUAAGGAAGAUGGCCCGAGAGACGAAAAGAUCUGCAAGGAACAGAAGAAUGAGAUAAACGCGUUGCAGAAGGAUAAAUUGGGCAACGUCGUCGCCUCCUCCUCCUCAUCCUUCUCCUCUGAAGAGAAAUCCAACAACGAGAAUCGAGAGAGAGCGACGAGGCUCGAAGAGCGACAAGGGGCUUCAAAGAGCAGCUUCCUGCAGUCGUUGGAAAAGAAACUGGAGAGAUUGCGCUCGAACGAUGAAAGCACGACGAGCGCGACCAACGCAAAACCAACGGCGAACGGAACCUCGUGCGGGAUCUCGAGCGAUCGAGAGGAACGAGGAUCGCGCGAGUACUCCGCACCGCCCGUCAAGUGUCCACCCGACUCGGGCUCGAGCUUGGCCGAGGUGAAGAGGACGCUCAGCGUGGAGAAUCUGUCGCAUCUACACGGAGGGGCAUCGAGGAAGGAGAAUGCCAAGAAUGCACCGUCGAAGGGUCGAGUGACGUCGGUACUGGGGUUGUUCAAGACAAAUGCCGACGCGACGAGACAGAACGCGAACAGUGGCAACAGGUCGCAAAACCCGAUUAUGAGUAAAUUGAAGAGGAGGAGCCCGCCCAAAUGCGCCAAGUCGCUCGAGUCGUCGCCUUUGGAGGAGGAGGACGUAACCGUUGCGUUGAGCAAAAUACCAGCCACGAAAUUUGCGAGAUCUGAUAAUAAACCGGGAAAGAAGCUACCGGAGAAAGUGGUGAGCGAGUGCAAGAGAUCGCCGCCCAAAGAGAAAUCAAAGGAAAAAGAAUCGGUCAAGGAAAAGAAAUCUUCGAGGGAGCCGAAAAAGUCAGUGCAAUCCUCGACGGACUCGUCGACGUCGUCAUCGGCGGAUAAGCCGAAGCUAGAGAAAGCGGAGCCAUCGAGAAAGUCAGAUCAGAAAAUGGAAUCUCCGCAGAAAAUCGUGGACAAUAAACACGCAGAGUUCGUUAUCGGUAGCGAGGACAAGAAAUUGAUUAAAACCAAGAGGAACAUUAGCUCUCUAAUAAGCAAAAACGAGUUCGUCGCGAAAGUCGACAAAAUCGAAGACGUCGAUAAGAAGAGCAAGGUGCCGAUUAUUAAGUCGAAGGAGGAUGCGGAUAAAGAUGAGAUCAACGACUCUAGGAAAAAGAAAAUAGUCCGCGUUGUGAAAAAAGUUGUCAAGAAAUCGUCCGACGAGAACGGAAAAUCAACGAAGCCGUUGACUGGCCGGAAGAAAACCGGAAUAAUAACGAAGAAGGAUCGGAGUCCCGAAACCCCUAUCGUUACGGUACAAGGCAAAAUCGAAAGACAAUCGGAAAACAAUCCCGAUAAUCAGACUACCGCACGGUCGUCCUGUUCGAGACAGACGGCAGAGUCGGACGACAUAAAGCUCGAGGACGUUCAAGACGUAUUUACAAAAAGUAUAAAUAAAAAUCAGUUGAAAGCUAACGUUAAAGAGAUCUGUUCCGCAUCGGAUAAAUUCCAAAAUAAUGUAAAUGUAUCAUCAUCACCCGCCGAUAUCUCGCAGACGAAGAAGAAUUGGAACGCCUCGAGUUCUCAAAAUUGUCCGAAUUCUCUGACUCGAAGUACCUCCGCCGAUUGUCCGCCCGCGGACAACUCGUCGAGUCCUUUCGAUAUCUGUCACUCGAAGCAACAACCGCAACUGGAGCAACAACAUCGGCAGUCGAGUCGAGCGAAUCUGAAACUCGACCUGUCCAAGAUACCGCAACACACGUUCAGACACGCAACUCCUAAGAAAGAUUCGCCGAAGUCUGAUUCAUCCAGAAACGCGAUUCAUCCUAUCGCGUCUGUCGGAUUACCCGCGAUAGAUCCUGACGAUCCUACGACAGCGGAGAGCAGCGGUUCCGACAAACUGAUGGAGCGUCUGUCAAGGAUGACGCAUCACGCUAACAUUACUGGCAACAAAAUAAUCAUCGAUAAGCCGCUACGAGCGAAAGAUGUCGCCGAGCUAAAACGAGAGGUUACCGAGUGCGCAAAAAUCAUAGAGAAUCAUAUGGAAUCACGAAACGGUCGCUUCACCGAGCAAACGGUCGAUCACCAAGCCACGUUUGCGUCGGAUGAACCGGCACACCGGGACGUAUCGAAUGAGACCAAGCUGGAUUCUUCCGAACGACGUGUCGACGACACUAAGGUAAGAACCACCGAUAAAGAGCCACUGAUGCGGGAUUGCAUCAGCGAGAUAUUCUCGCCCGAAGAGCCCGAGAGUUUUGACUCCUGGUCGAUCUGCUCGGCCGAUCUGAAUCACAAUCGCGGCGAUUUGCAAUCGCCAUCACCGACAUCACCGUCGUACUCUCUAUUUGUACGCGGCGACAGCUCGCAGGAAUCGGUGAUAGACCGAAUACGAAGACGCAGUUUCUAUUCGAGAUUCAACGAUCGAAAGAGGCCGUCUUUGACGGCGCCGCCACCAGGGAUGAGCAGCGUGACUCUACCGAGAAGGUUCAGCUUCAACAGUCCCAGAGAAAGGGAACGCAACAGAUUUUACAAUUACGGAGUUCCCAGGACGAGGACGAAAGACAGAAGUUACAUUUCGCACGGCGAUGACGAAAUGACGUUUUCGAGAAAAUCACCAGUCGACCGAGAGAAAUACAGCGACGCGUUAAAUGCAUCAUCGUACGGUCAUCACAGUCCGGAAGCGAGAACCGUUUUCGAUCCUUACGAUAGCGGUCUACCAUCCUUCUCGCACGAUUCUCUAAGGAGAUAUACGAGAUCUCCGACGUUGGACCUUGUCGUCUCUCGCGCCAAGUAUCACAGCACGGACAUUAUUGCGGACAACGAUCUCACAGGAAUCUCGUACAAGAGUCCUCUGUCGAAAUCAUUUCUGAGUGACAGCAUACCGGAUCCUUCCUACCAUGGGAGAAACAUGUCGAUCACUUUGCCAAAAAAGUACGGUUCUACCGUCGGUGGCCUAGAGCCGAAAAGUGUAGAAUAUUACGAAGAGAUUCUGUCGCCAAGCAAUCCCGACUAUCUGUCUUCCCGCGAGACCUGCCGAUCGCCAUUAUUGGACGUAUAUCUGAACAGAUGUGAGAACGGCUAUAAUCACAAUGGCAAUUUGGAUCCGUUACAAUUUAAUACCGAUAAAUCAAGAUCCUAUAAUACGGAUAAUAUGGAGUUUGGCGAGCAAAAAAGAAAUACAACGCAACGUUUCAACGAGACUAAAGAUACGUCCUCGACAGCCACGGAUAUCUUAUCGAACGUAUCUGUUACCGAACGAAAUUGAUUUAAUUCGAAUAGAAAGUAAUUUUAAAGUAAAAAGAUAAUCUGCCGAACGCGUCUUAUAUUUAUACUUUACAACAAUUUUAUAUAAUAUAGAUUUGCGUAAAGAUCUGUCUCGCGCUUCUUCAUCACGGUAAUGAAGUUGUCGCGACGACGAUAAUGGCGACGAAUGAAAAAAGCAAACAGCUGUUUCAAAAUUCACUGUCAAUAUUGAAAAUCUAUAAUUCACGUAACAUAUAUUACACAUUAUUUGCGCUGAUAAUAAAUUUUGAAACACAGCCUAUAUAUAAAUAUAUAUACAUUGUCAUAUAUUGGAGCGUAUUUAUAUUUUUUUUAGUAGUUUAUACGCUUCAAGUUUCAAAAUUACUGUUUCAGAUACAGUCUAAUUUUAUUUGAAUCUUACCUACGAUGAAUUGUUCAACACGAAAUUUCAAUUUGUCUUUUCUUAUUCUUAAUUUUAGUAUUAUUUUCUGAAAGAAAUUCAUCGCACAAAUCUUUAAGCAUUUCCUAUAUCAGUGAAUAUAAUUAUACUCUGAUAUAAUUAUACUCUGGGAAUAUAAACAUCCUCUCCAUGAUUAAAUGCAAACUAAAGGAGCACUCCAAUUCCGAUAUUUAUAGAAAUAUAUAUAAAUAUAAAAAUUGACAGCUGCCAAAGAUUAUAGCCAAA